AUGGGGUUGGUUUACCCACCCGUUUUUAGAGAGCAGGGGCCCGUAUUUUUUAACCGUCAUUCAGACUGGGCCCCACCCCACCAUGGUUCUGGUCACGUGAUAUUGCUCCUGGCUUUGAGGAGUGAUCUAGUGAUGAAGUCGUUUUCUGCAGCCUCGGUACUCGAUUUGACGAAGCCUCCGGAUGUCGAGGGCUUUACUCCGUUACCCAAACUCAAGGAGGAAGGAUUUCAAGAGAAGUUUAUUAGGAAGACGAAAGAAAACCCGUUCGUUCCAAUCGGAAUGUUAGGCACAGCAGGUGCUCUUACUUAUGGUCUGAUCGCCUUUAAACGUGGCAAGACACGACAAUCUCAGCUAUUAAUGCGAGCACGUAUCUUUGCCCAAGGUUUCACUGUUGCUGCUAUCCUGGUGGGUGUGGUAGCUACUGCACUGAAGCGCAACGUCUAAGUAGCUUUUCUGCUGUAUUGGUCCAGGACCAUCCAAAACCAACAAAUGCAAAAUAGUAAUGGAGAAUUUUUUUCUGCAUCAUGUUUAAUGACAAACAUGCAUAUGAUUGAAACCUUCUUUGUAGAAAUAUAAUUCAGCACAGUAUUGAUAAUUUACAUUUAGGGAGUUCUCAAUACCAAACAUAUUUCAGUGAGUAAUCAAAGCUACAGCAUAACUGAAUAUUUCUGUUGAACGGAAAAACACACAAAGGGGUGAUAGGCAGAAUGUAAAGUAAAAUUUGGAGUCCUAGACCAUAAACAAAUAACAAGUUUAGCACUCAGUCUUUUUUUUUGUUCUUCCCACCACCCUUUCACGUGUAUUUUCUUCUGCCAUGCACAAUUCACAUUUGAGGAGAUAAUUUUUUUUUUGCCUGUAACCUUUGCUGACUUGUGCUCGAGAUGACUUGCUGUUUUCUGAUUCACCUUGUGGGGAGCUGCUAGGCUCAUCUUUGUACAGUUGAAGCUUGGUUUUGUUAUUUGGAAAUAUGGACUUCCACAUGCCAACCUACUGCACUUUUUUUUUAAAAAAAAACAAUGUAUACCAUUGUAUGUACAAAGUUGAAAUAAAACAAGUUUGUUGAGGAGUAAACUGCAGCUACCAGCAGUGGUAGAUGAAAAACAAUGUCUGUGUACCUUUUUAAGACACCAUGUAAUGUAUAUUUUAUUAAAUCAUAAAAAAUUCUGUAGCGAACUAUCUUAUUGAAAUGUGCUUCAAAAAUUGUUUUGAAAUGGUGUUUCAGACAUGCAAUGGAUUAUAUAAUUAAAUAUUU